CUAGAUGACCAGAUCGUGUUCACGUUUUCAUCACGAGCAGACGCAUUUAAGAUACGUGGGCCGUUUGGUAUAGAGAUAUAUAUUUAUUUACUUGUGAACUGUUAGUUUCUUUUUUUAAACAUGGCUGCGAAACGAGCAAUUAACUAUCUAACAAACAAAGAAAUGCGAGAUUAUCUGACAAGCACACAUUUCUGGGGACCUGUGGCAAACUGGGGAAUACCUAUUGCAGCUAUAGCUGAUUCUGGAAAGGAUGUUUCAAUGAUUAGUGGAAAAAUGACAUUAGCAUUGACACUGUAUUCAAUGAUAUUUAUGAGAUUUGCUUGGAAAGUGCAGCCCCGCAAUUUGCUCCUUUUUGCCUGCCAUUUUACCAAUUCUGGUGCACAAAUGUUUCAAGGCUACAGGUUUUUGAACCAUUACUAUGGUAAAAAAAAAGAAGAAACAUCCUCAUAGUACACAUUGUGUUUUAUUUCUUAUGUGUACAAGUAUAUGUAGAGAGCUUUACAGAAAAAUUGGUUAGUGCUAAUGAAUAGUGAUAUGAAAAUAUUAACAUGAGCUGUGUCUAAGCACUAAACAAAUAAUUGUUCUUAACAAUGCUCACAUUUACAAUGUAUUUUUAGAGUCUCACAAAAAAUCAAGCAGAUAACACAAGGUAAAAUUUUUCUUUGAUGACUGUUAGGGGGUUUUGUUUAAUUAUUUGUAGCAUGUAGUUGAUGAACAUGCACCCAUCAACUUUAGGGUGCAUAAAAAUUAAACAAGUAAUGGUUGGAAAUCUGUUGAUUUAAGGCAGGAAUGCUGCCAAAUGGAAGUUGCUUGAUAUAAUAUAGUUGGUAUUGGAAGACACUGUUUUGUGAGUCCUAAACCAAUUUCAUUUCCUCAUUGGCUGAGUGUGUGUCUAUAAGAAACCAGAUUAUCACUGUGAGAUGAUGCUUGUUGCUUUUUAGAUAAACUAGAUAAUUCUUU